CGGCGGGGCCGGGCCGGGGCUGGAGCCGGGGCCGGGCGGGCGGAGCCGCCGCCGCCGCCAUGGGGCUGCUCAACUUCACCCGGGAGCCGGUGCCAGAGGCGGUCAGCGCCGACAUGCACAACCUCAACCAGCUCAGCGCCCAGCAAUUCUCAGCGCUGACUGAAUUGCUUUUCCGCUUUCUGACAGAGCCCAAGGAGGUAGAAAGAUUUCUGACGCAGCUCUCAGACUUUGCCACCAUGAAUAAAAUCAGCUUGGGCCCCCUGAAAAACAUUGUCAAAAGUAUUCUUCUGGUCCCCAACGGUGCCCUGAAGAGGAAUUUGUCUUCUGAACAAGUCAGAGCAGAUUUCAUUGCUCUAGGCCUCAGUGAAGAGAAGGCCAGUUAUUUUGCAGAACAGUGGAAGGUGAAUUCCCCCACCCUGACACGCCUGGCUGUGGGUCAGACACUGAUGAUUAACCAGCUGAUAGACAUGGAGUGGAAGUUUGGAGUGACUGCUGGGAGCAGCGAGCUGGAAAAAGUGGGAAGUAUCUUCUUACAGCUGAAGCUGGUGGUUAAAAAGGGGAGCCAAUUGGAAAACGUGUAUGUUGAGUUAACUUUGCCCCAGUUCUACAGUUUUCUGCAUGAAAUGGAACGGGUCAAAACCAGCCUGGAAAGCUUCAGCUGAAGCUGCACAGAGCUGAGCCGACAUCUGUCCGGGAUGUUUAAUUCCUCCUCGUGGGCCUGCAGAUCUGCUCUUUCCCAGCUGACUCUUCACACCCUGAUAAGAGAAGACAAGCUGUGCAAUGAGCAGUGGUGUCAUGGCCCAGCAGGACCCAUCAAUCCUUUAGAACCUGAAACUUGGGCUAAGUUUCAGCUUUUUCAAAGCACCUACAAGUCCACUCAUAUUUUUUUUUUUUCUUUUUUUACUAUACUAUUAUGAGAAACUGUGGUUAGAAGUAAUGUGGAUACCUUUACUAAAAUAGCAAAGAAAUAAACCCAUUCCCAUCCUG